AUGCCGAGAGGGGUGAAGCGAGGGCCGGCGGAGGGCGAGGCCGAGGUGGUGGUUCGCGCUACUGCGUCUCCUUCACAUACCACGCUAUUGGACGACAGUCCUAGCCAGCCCAUUAGCUAUCACCUGCUAGACCACGGCUAUGGCGCCACGCCACAGCACCAGAUCAGGCGCGAGGCGCCUACGGCACCGCCGAAGACGUCUGAAGCGGUGAAAAGAAGACUGAACUUGAGUGAGAGCAGUUCCGGCAGCCAGGGUCACGUGGUGCCCAUGAAAGCCGACUUCAAGACGCCGAAACAGAAACGCGUCAAAGUCCUCACGCCGUACAGUCGACCGUCCAGUUCUAUGAAAAAGUACACCGAACGUUCCAGGUUUGACACAUCAUUAGGUUUACUCACAAAAAAGUUCGUUGCAUUGCUGAAGUCUUCACCCAAUGGCGUCCUAGACUUGAACAUAGCGGCAGAACACUUAUCGGUCCAAAAACGUCGUAUCUACGACAUCACAAACGUUCUAGAGGGUAUAGGAAUAUUAGAAAAGAGAUCCAAAAAUAAUAUACAAUGGAAAUAUGGCGUGGGCGGCGCGGGCGGGGCGGGCGGCGCGGGCGCGGCGUGCGGGUCGGCGGGCGCGGCGCGGCGGCUGCGGCGCGAGGUGCGCGUGCUGUCGGCGCGGCAGGCCCGCGUGGCGCGCGCCGUGGCCGUGGCCGAGCAGGCGCUCAGCGAGCUGUCGGCGCACCACGGCGCGCGCGCAUACAUCACCUACGCCGACCUGCGCUCCAUACGGGACUUCCGCAACCAGACCGUCAUACCCAUCAAGGCGCCACCUGACACUCGCCUCAGCGUGCCUCAUCCUGACGAGAAGGGCUACAUGAUACAUUUGAAGUCCAUGUCGGGAGAAAUUGAAGUCUACCUCUGUCCAAAAGAACGUCCGCCUUCGCCUGCUACAUCUUCAGGCCCAUUGCCGGCGGAUCCGCUGUUGGAAGACAACAAGGCACUAUUAGCACCACUUAUAGCGUUACUGCAGUCUAAACCCACCAGCUCUAUCACUGCUGACUUCACAACACCAAUAAAGCGAGAACCGAUGAGUGAGGCGUCUUCGUCAUCGAUGGUGGUGUCCACGCCCUGUGUCACGGACCCCACGCUGCCGCUGGGCGGCGCGCUCGGGGCCCACGCCACGCUGGCCACGCUCGGGGCCAUGGGCGCGCUGGGCGCCGCCGGGGCCGCGGCCGCGGGGGCCAUCGGGCCAUACACCACGCCACACGUGACGCCGCACAAGUCCCUGACGCCUCACUCGGACCACUCCAGCCAACACGACACCCUCAACACACCUGACAGCACGGGCGCACGAGGUCGAUUACGUAACGCACUAAUAGCAGACAGCGACGAUUUCGCGCCCAUAAUGGGCGGCGGCCGCUUCCAGCUGCAGACCGAGGACCAGGAGUCAGAACCGCUGGAGUUGGAGCCGUUCCUGGCGCUGGAGCCGCCGAUGUCUGCGACGGACUACGGUUUCUGCCUGGACCACGACGAGGGGCUCGCGGAACUCUUCGACUUCGAGUUCUAG